UAUUUUCUCUGCUUUUUCAUGUGUUUUUAAUAAUUUUUCUUUUCUCUGCUAAUUUGAUCUUUAACAAUAAAUACAUAAUUCUAGAAAAUUCUCUUUUGUUACCUGUUCAAAAUUUUAAAUCCUUCAAUUGGGCGAAUUUUGGCAGUUUGCCAAAAUGGUUCCUUUUAGACACAGCUCUCCCUCAUUAUUCUACAUAUCUUUUUAUGCUGUCUUUUUCUUUUUUCCUCUUCUUUUGUCCACUCAUCUGGUCAAUGGCGCUUGGGUUUUCAUCGUUUCUUUCCCUCGUGUUUAGUCCCUUCUGGCGCCGUCUAGUGGACUUUAGACGGUCUUUACCACUUACAUUGUUCACCAACGAUUCACUCAUACAAGUGCUAUGUUUUCUGUUGUUCUAG